AUGGGCAAAACUUUAUUAAUGAAAACAAAGUUUUAUUGCCAUCUCAAGAGUCAUCUGUCAAUAGAUCUGAAGAGAUAUAUUAGUAUAUAUUCACGACUAUUGUCACCACAAAGUCAAGUGACCACCGAUGACCCGAUAAGGAUAGCAGUGGUGGGCAGCGGACCGUCGGGUUUCUACACAACACAACAACUCUUGAAGAAUCCAAGAGUUUUUGUUGAUAUUUACGAGAAAUUUCCGGUGCCUUUUGGGUUAGUCCGCUAUGGGGUCGCACCCGAUCACCAAUCAGUAAAGAAUGUGAUCAACUCAUUCACGACAACUGCACUCAACAAAAGAGUGUCUUUUAUUGGAAACGUAAGCAUUGGAUCCGAUAGUGAUAUUACGUUACAAGAGAUCCGUAAUGAUUACAAUGCAGUUGUUCUCUGUUAUGGCGCCGCAAAAGACAGAAGACUUCAUAUUGAAGGCGAAGAGUUGUCGCACGUAUUUUCCGCCCGAAGAUUCGUCGGUUGGUAUAAUGGUGUACCAAAUGAUAAGAAUCUGAAGUUCAAUGUUGACUGCGAUACUGCUGUCAUCAUUGGUCACGGAAACGUUGCCUUAGAUUGCGCCAGAAUUUUGUUGACGGAUCCAAAAGACAUGUUAUCUAACACAGACAUAACUAAGUAUUCAUUGGAAAAGUUGUCUAAAAGUAAAAUCAAAAACGUAUAUCUUGUGGGAAGACGUGGACCAAUGCAGGUGUCGUUUACUAUCAAAGAAUUUAGAGAAUUGACAAAACUGAAGAAUUGCAAAACAAUUAUUUCACCACAAGAUUGUCAACAUAUAUCACAAUCAUUUGUGGAAUCACUCGAUAGACCAAAGAGAAGAUUAACAGAAUUGAUAGUAAAUGUGUCUAAAGAGAGUUCAACUGAUUUUGGAAAAUACGAUAAGAAAUGUUUUGUUAAAUUUUUAAGAUCACCAAAACUUAUGAAAAAAGACGAUUUAAAUGCUGUUUCGGGCGUUGUUUUUGGUAUCAAUCGAUACGAGUCUGAAGAUAAUUGGUUCGACAAGAAUACAAACGUUGUUACAACUGAAGAAUUAGAAGUUAUUAACUGUGGUUUUGUUUUGACAAGUAUUGGAUAUCAAACCAUUUUAAUAGACAGUUCACUUCCGUUAGACAAAAGAAAGGGAACUAUUCUUAAUGAAAAUGGAAGAGUCGUUGGUUGCGGUUCUGGUCUUUAUACGAGUGGUUGGGCGGCAUCCGGAGCUCAGGGAGUCUUACUUAACACACUUAAUAUAAGCGUUGAAGUGGCAAAAAAUAUUUUAAUGGAUAUCGAGGACAAUCAAAUUGAGUUAAACAGGAGAGACGGUUCCAAAAAUAUAUUGAAUAAGUUAUCCGAAAAGGGUGUAAAUGUGGUUCAUUUUGAUGACUGGAAACGAAUCGAUCAAAUUGAACAACAAAUGGGAUCAACUCUUGGAAAGCCACGAGAAAAGAUUGUCGACACCAAUGAAAUCAUUGAUAUUUUACAUAAAAAAUAA